CAUGCACGUCAACGAUGGGCCGCAGCAACGGGCGGAAUAAGCGCGAGCGACCACUGCAGGCACGCUGCAUCUUCUCGGAAACUGAAGCGACUAUCGAUAACCUGGGAACCAGCGACACCCAGCAAUUGGUUGUCGACGCCCCCUCGGUUCCUGGAAAAUCGCCCAAACCAGAAACCAGGGCUGAAGCACCGCACGAUGAUGCCAUUCCGCCGGGUCCACAGGCGAGCUGCCGCUCUCACAGGGGCGCGAUGGUCCUUUGCCACGCUGAGGCCGGGGUGUGGCUGGAGGAGCGCGCACUGUGCCCCCCAAAACUUGAGCCGCAUUUUCAUUCCCUCUUCUCCUCGCCGGGAGGCAUCCCAGCUGAAGUCUCCAGCCCCAGUAUGGCGCGCCAUAAGACUUGCUGCCAGAUCAAGCAGCUUGGGUCCAUCGUUGCUGGACGGGAUUCCUCGCAGAUGGCGCAGCUUGUCCGCCUCGACAGGUAA